UGUCUAAAAAAUCGGUUUAAUAUCAAACCCCUCUAAACGCCGCUUCGAUUUAGCAACAAAAGCCUCUAUAUUCAACAACCAAUCAGAACGUCACUUGGACUCAUGUGCUUUAACGCUAGUAAACAAAGUCUCAUCAAGGAAGCUGCAACUUUAUUCAGAGGGAGAUUUCGUGAAAUGGCAGAUAAUACCAACAUGGAUUACGAUGGCAUGGAUGAACCUGUUCUCCAGACAGUGAAUGGGCGGAGAAAACGUCGCGUUGUUGAAAAUCAUGUUUGCUAUAAAGUGAAAAUGAACCGAUAUAGUGGCGAAAAUACUGAAAAUGGAAUAGCCUGCAAUCACAACAGGUUGAUGUGCGCUGCGGCAAGCUUAACUCAGAACGACCUGGCAUACUUUAAAAAUCAGCUAUACACAUCUAAAGAUAAAGUUGAACAGGACGCUAUACUUCUGUCCCACUUGGAGAUUAUGCCGGUUCAACGGAGGAGGGAACAAGUUGAUGAUGAAGACGAGACGGCAGAGAGACGUGACCAUCAAAUACUCCGUUCUGAAGGAAGCUAAAACAAGGGUUCCUGUCUGCCAGGCGUCCUUCAUGAGCAUUUUCUGUGUCAAGAAAGAGAGAGUCCAGGGCAUUGCCAGGCACUGGUUACAAACUGGCAAGGCACGCCCAGAAAAAAAAGAGGAGGCUCAAGACCAAAUCCUGAAAUAACUGCCAAGAAGGAGGUCAUCAGAAGUCACAUUAAGUCCUUUGCCUGCAGAGCAAGCCAUUACGCCCGACGUGGUGCUCCAGGCAGAAAGUAUCUGCCUAGUGACCCAAGUGUUGCAAAAAUGCAUCGCCUUUUUUCGGAGCAGAAUCACCUUCAAGUGACUUACUCGCUAUAUUGGAGCAUUUUCGUAUAUGAUUUCAACUUGGCCUUCGGACAUCCGGCAAAGGAUGUAUGUUCCGUGUGUGUUAAGUCCCGGAUGGCGAUGAAUGACCUUGGCUUAAAAGAAGAAGAGAAACGAGAGAAAAUCCUGCAAUACUCCCUCCACAGACGCCGUGCCCGUCAGUUCUACAAUAUCCUGAAUGACGUGGGGGAUUCCUUCACUGUCUGCUUUGACAUCAUGGAGAACCUUGUCCUGCCGAAAUCUGCCAUAGUUCAGACGUACUACUCCAGGCAACUCUACUACUAUGUCUUUGGAGUGGUGCGUCACCAUGGCAGAGGAGAAUCCCAAAGUAGGCAUGAUAUCCACCUGUACACAUGGCUUGAGUAUGAGAACGCGAAGGACAGCAACAUGAUUGCCUCAGCUCUCCAACACUAUUUCACAGCUGUAGCUGCAGACAACCUCCACCUGUGUCAGUGCCUGCGCCUGUUCUCCGACUCAUGCUAUGGCCAAAACGAGAACAUUAAUGUGCUGUCUAUGCUGUUUGGCCUCCGGUCACAGCUGUUCCCCCACCUCACCAUCAACUAUUUUUUUCCGGUACGAGGACACCGCUUCCUCCCAGCUGACAGGGUGUUCGGCAGGAUCAAACAAGACAUCAGAAAGCACACCACCAUUCUGCUGCCAGACGAAUACGCAUCCAUACUUCACAGGCAUGGCAAUAUCCAUCAAUAUGGGAGAGAUUGGCAGUGCUAUGAUUUCAAGAAGGAAGCCGCCGCCUUCACCACCCAGCAACGAUCUUUCAAAAUUAGUGACGCCAGGGUCAUUCAAAUAUGUGGGGAAAGGCUGGAUGUCAAGUCUUCUUUUGCCGGGGAUUUUAUUCAGCAUUCCGUGCUGAAAAGAGGGAAGAGGUGGCCAGAGUUUGCACCGGCUCCUCUACCUGAUGCCAACUGUGUGAAGCUGGCAAAGAAGAGGGCUGUGCUGAAGCUGUUGUGUGAGUUGGGAGUGCCUGCAACUGUGCAGGAGUUUUACAAUGAUGUCUUGUCAAGUGCAGGUGACAGGGACAUUGCACAAAAUCUGGAGGAUGAGUAAAUUGUUUCCAAUGACUCUCUCCUGCCUUCCCUGCACACACACACUCCCACACACGCGCAUUCUCAGGGGCACACACGCGCUCAUCAUGCAGAAUAUACACACACAAACACUCUCAGACGCAGCAGCUUCGUAAGCAUACUCAGAGACUACAUACGUGUCAGAUGCAUAAUUCUGUGUGUAUCAUUACAUUACUACAUACCUCAUCGUCAUACCUGAGUUUGAUAAUUGUCAUUGCCUAAAACAUGUUUGUCAUCUUAAAUAAUCUUUUGUUCAUACUGUGAAUUUGAUGGCUUGUACCUCCAACUUCAUCUUCAUCAUUUUAUUUAUUUAUUAUUAAUGAGCCAGCCAGAGCGGCAUGGUGGUGUAGUGGUUAGCGCUGUCGCCUCACAGCAAGAAGGUCCGGGUUCGAGCCCCGUGGCCGGCGAGGGCCUUUCUGUUUGGAGUUUGCAUGUUCUCCCCGUGUCCGCGUGGGUUUCCUCCGGGUGUUACGGUUUCCCCCACAGUCCAAAGACAUGCAGGUUAGGUUAACUGGUGACUCUAAAUUGAGCGUAGGUGUGAAUGUGAGUGUGAAUGGUUGUCUGUGUCAGCCCUGUGAUGACCUGGCGACUUGUCCAGGGUGUACCCCGCCUUUCGCCCGUAGUCAGCUGGGAUAGGCUCCAGCUUGCCUGUGACCCUGUAGGACAGGAUAAAGCGGCUACAGAUAAUGAGAUGAGAUGAGCCAGCCUUGCUUGAUGAGUGGCAUACGCCAAGGACGGGCUCUUGGAUCCUGAAGUAUGUGAGAGAUACCUGACACAUUUGAACACACACACAUUAUGCAUGCACACGCGCGCGCGCACACAGUCCUACUACACACACACACAUUCUCAGGGGCGCACACACACACACUCCAUGCAGAAUACACACAAACACUCAGCCACUCUCACACACAAAAACGCAGCAGCCUCGUAAGCUUACUCAGAGACUACGCGUCAGGUGAACAAGCUGAGUUGAUGUGAACUUUUUAACAUAAUUGUUUUUUUUUAAUAUGUAACUUAUACCUGUUUCAUAAUCUUAAAAAAACCUAAAAUGGUUGUCAUCUUAAAUAAUCUUUUGUUCAUACUAUAAAUUUGAUGGCUU